AUGGCCUUACCUUACCCGUCGACCUUUCGCGUGCAGGAGAAAUUCGAAAAAUUGUCCUUCCAAUAUGAGAGUCAAAUAUCGGAAGACAGCGCCAUCUCCGGCUGUUCCACCCCCUCGACGCCCACCAGCCCCAUCGACUUCGACAUCAAGAUAGCGACGAGCGCCGACCAGGAGGACGUCAGGCAGUUCCUGCAGAAGUUCUUCUACAAGGACGAGCCGCUCAACCUCUUCCUGGAGUUGAUCACCGACGAGCACCCGCGGUGCCUGGACCUGGAGAGGUUCACCCUGAAGGACUUGGACAGCGGAGUCAAUUUGCUGGCCGUGCAGAACGGGAAGCUCAUCGGGGUGUGCCUGAACGGGAUAUUGGAGAGAGGCGCAGCGGACGAUUUCGAAUGCGAGGACGAGAAGUUUUCGAAAAUUGUGAAAUUGUUGGAUUACGUUGCGGUGGAGUCGGAUCCGUUUAAAAUAUACCCCGGUGUGAAUAGGGGUAUGAUAGUCAAAAUCCUGUCUGUUGAUGGAUCGUUCAGAGGCAAAGGUAUAGCGAAGGAUCUCAUGGUGAAAACUAGGGAAUUGGCGAGACAGAAAGGGUGUGGGUUCAUUACGGUGGACUGUUCUAGUUACUACACGGCUUGCGCAGCGAGGAAACUUGGGUUUAAGCCGCACUACACCCUGAAUUACGAGGAUUACAAGGUCGACGGUGAGGUCGUUUUUCGACCUGAGGCCCCGCACAAGGCAUUAACUGUUUAUACCCAAAGAAUAGUAUAG